ACCGAAGACUACUAGAAAGACGGGGGAAACCUGACCAGAUCUGACUUUCUCUCCCUUUCAAAGGCAGUUUCUGAACAAAAGCAACCCACGCCCUUUAGCUUAGCCGGUCCGUGACUCAAGACGGCGGGCGGGUUUGGGUGAGUUUUGCCCGCACCCACCUGGUGACCACUCCCAGCGCGCCACACUCCGCCCCCUCCGGCGCCCUCCGUCCUCAGCCAGCCCCAUUUUAUGCUUGUAACCACUGGGAACGGGCUUGGCUUCAACUGCCCACGGCAAAACUCCAUACUCUUCUUCGAGAAGGGUGCCUGCCGGGCAGGGGUCGUGCUUUGGGCCCAGAGAUCAGAACCAGGGCGAAGGAGAGGCCGGAGCCAAAAGCUUGCGUGCCAUGGCUCGGCAUCGGGGCGCCGGAGGACCGGGGGUUCUGCUGCUGCUUCUGACCUGUGUAGUCAUUGGAAAUGGACUUCAUUUAGAGAUUCUUGGUGGCAGGAAUGACCAGCUAUUCAAUACAAACAACCGGAUGAGACAAAAACGAGAGUGGAUUGUCCCACCAGCAAACAUCUGGGAAGAGCGUGACAAUUCCAACAGGAAUCCAAUUGCUCGAAUACGAUCUGAUCGUGAAGGUGAACCAGGAUUAGUUAUUACUUACACCAUUUCUGGCCAAGGAGUUACAGAACCACCCUAUCAGUUAUUUGUGAUCAAUGGAAAAACUGGAGCGAUAAACAUAACUGGGAUAGUGGAUCGAGAGGAAACACCAAUGUUGCAUCUGAGAGCCUAUGCAUUGGAUCAAAAUGGUGUAAACUUGGAAAAACCAUUAGACCUUCGAAUUAAAGUUUUGGAUGUAAAUGACAAUAGCCCAGUGUUUUCACAGCAAGUUUUUGCAGGUUCUGUUGAAGAACUGAGUGCACCCAAUACUAUUGUAAUGAAGAUAACUGCAACUGAUGCUGAUGAUCCAGAUACUAAGAAUGCCCAAAUUGCCUUCAAGAUUGUUUCACAGGAUCCUAGUCAGCCUGAGGCAUUUACAAUCAACAGAGCAACAGGUGAAGUUCGGACAGCAAGAUUUCAGCUUGACCGAGAGCAAAUUAAUUAUGAAGAAUUGAAGAACAUUGACUUGAAUAUUGUUGUUUCUAACAAAGCAGCAUAUCACCAAUCAAUUAUUAAUCAGGGCUACAAAGCAAACCCAAUUCCAGUUAAAAUCAGUGUGGAAAAUGUGAGGGAAGGCCCUGUGUUUAAGCCUCAAGCAAUGGUGAUUAACGGAAGUGAAACAAUGAAAGUGAACCAGGUUAUUGGACGUUAUCAAGCUUAUGAUGAAGACACUGGAAAAAUAGCAGAAAACAUCAGGUAUGCAAAAAAUCAAGAUCCUGGAAACUGGUUCAUAAUAGACUCAAAAACAGCUGAAAUCAAGCUGGUAAAAGUGCCUGACUAUGAAUCGCGAUAUGUUGUCAAUGGUACUUACACUGCAACCAUUUUGGCCAUAAGUAAUGAUGUUCCUUCACAGACAGCUACAGGUACCAUUGUUAUUCGAGUGGAGGAUCAUAAUGAUAACUGUCCAACUCUAGUGAAUCGGGACAUGAGUGUUUGUACUGAUGCCAAGUUCAUUAACAUCACUGCUGAAGAUCGAGAUGCUCAUCCAAAUGGUGGUCCUUUCACUUUCAUUCUUGAUGAGCCUGAAAGGAUGUCAGGCAAAUGGAUGAUUGGCCAGGUGAAUGGAAACAGAGCACAGCUCGUACCACAAGAUGUGAAGCCGGGCAUAUAUGAAAUUCCAGUCAUAGUGAAAGACAACCAAGGCUUGGCAUGUCCUGAUCGGCAGGUCCUGAAACUAGAAGUCUGUGAAUGUAUAGAUGGUGCUGGUUGCCAAGGAAAACUUGUGAGCUCCACCGUUAUGCUAGGGCCUGCAGCAAUUGCACUGAUUAUCCUGGCAUUGUUGUUGCUACUGCUUGUGCCCCUGUUGCUGCUGGCAUGUGGAUUUGGAUCAGGCACUGGAAAAGGCUUUACAGCAAUACCCGAUAACAGUGAAGAAAUGUUGCGUAACUGGAACAGUGAAGGGGCAGCACCUGAAAACAAGGCAAUUCUAAACCUCAUCGCUCCCUCAGCAUUGGACAACUCCGCUUCAAACGUUGGGAGUACUGCAGCAGCCGUGGGUGCCGGAGCAGGACUUGGAGCAGGAGGCGGCGCUGCCACUGGGGGCGGGUCUUCCUCUGUGUUCAAAGAGCAUUACUUCAACACUCAGACAACUGACAGGCAGUGGGAAGAGCAAGCAGCACUUCUUUCUGGGGCGGAGUACAGAGGCAGAGCAGGAGGCAUGGCAGCAGGAGGCGGCAUGGCGGCAGCAGGGGGAACCAUGACAGGAGGAGGAAUCAUGACAGGAGGAGGAACCUUGACAAUGGGUGCCCGAGGAACCCUUGCCAUGGAAAAGGGAGGUGCCGUGAAUGAAGAAUUCUUGAGGGAUUACUUCAAUGAAAAAGCCGAUACUUUUGCUGAGGAGGAGGAAGCCCACCUCAUCAAAGACUGCCUCCUUGUUUACUCUCAGGAUGAAGAAAAAGAAUCUGCUUGUGGCUCUGUGGGCUGCUGCAGCUUUAUUGAGGAUGACUUUGACGACCAUUUCUUGGAUGACCUGGGAGAUAAAUUUAAAACUCUGGCUGAGAUCUGCAUGGGCAAACACAUAAGUGUGGAAACCAGCCAGCACAGCUCUCAAGUUCGGCAACAAGCAAGUCCUAGUCUGGCAAUGAACAAAGGAGACGUACAAUAUGUAAAUCAACAGAACACUCUGAGUUCAGAACACAUCUAUACUUCUGCCCCUAGCUUCCAGGCAGCCAGCCCCAUGGCACCUUUUGGUUCGGGAACUGUGACAGAGGAGACCAUCACAGAGGCCACCUUGACCUCUAAGCCCGGCCUACAGCGAAUGAUGAAUGUCCAUGACCCUUUAGCUGGCAGCAACAAUGUUGUCAUUACAGAAACAUCUUAUGAAACAAAAGCCCCAGGGAUAAGCCUUGACCCUCAGUUUAAGGAGAAUGUAGUUGUGACAGAGAGGGUACUUGCUCCAGCGUCAAACCUGCAGGAUGUGUUAGAAAUGCCUCCUGGUGCCUUUCCAGACCUCCCAGACUCCAAGUAUGUUGUAGUGAGAGAAAGGGAAAGGGUGCUCGUACCAAGUUCUGAUUUGAAGGCUUCCUUAAGCAUCCCCAAUUUGUCAGAAGGACAAAAUGUGUUAGUAACCCAAACAGUCUUGACACCAACAACAAAUAGGCAGAGCACAGCAGAACGAGCGUCCUUCUCUGAGAGUGAUAGGCAGGAACUUACCUUCAUGUCAGACCCUUUCUUUAAUCAAGUGGGCACACAAGAGGGACUUCCCUCUGGUGGUACCAUGAGCAAGUCCUCAACAGUAAAAAAAUACAGCUCUGUCCACUAUACACGUUCGUAGAUUAUGUAUAUUCACUCAGCUUUUUUAUUAUUAUUUACCUUGAAUGUUGGUAGGAUUAAUGAAUGGCUUUCCCAAGGCUGAGGAAAUUGCUUUACUUUCCUUGCAGGAGCUUCCAUUAGAGAAAAAUGUAGUAACAACCAAAGAGGAUUAAGGAUGCAACCCUAAACACAUUUCCUGUAAGCCCAUUUGAAUAUAGUGGUACUUAUUCCUGAAUUAAAUAUUCAUAGGAGAGCAUAGUUAAAAAACUACUGCCAGGGUUGUGGGGGGGGGGAGGGCAGCAUUGAAAUUGCAGCCCCAGAAAGAGUAUUACUCAGUUAUUAAUAAUAAUUGUGCAGACUUCUAUGGGCUACCAUAGCUAUUAACACUACUUAGGUCCAAGUCAGGUUAAUUUAGGCAAAGUUUUAAUGAUUUUUCCUUAUUAACCUUCCAUGUGGUCCUCAAGGUGCUACCUCAAAAUCAAAUUGCAAUGAGUUCAUGAACUCUGUUCCGUAGUCAGUAUGUUUGGUUUUGCGGUAUAUACCAAAGUAUUCCAAUUUAAGUCAAUUCAACAUACUGUUUUCAACACCGGAUUAGCCAAAAGGGAAAUCUUCCGCAUGUUUUUUUCAGAAGCCCCAAGCAGUGUGGCAUAACCUGUAGGCAGUGUGUUUGGGAUUGCGGUUUUAAAUGUGCAGAUAAGUUGUUCUCCUGGGUUUCUGGCUUGGUCUAUUUUAAUGGCAAUAGAAAAUAAGCUUAUUCUAUAAAAGAAUGGGUAACUUUAUUUAUUCCGAGAUUUUUAAAAUAGAAGUAGAAAUUCCUUCUCAACAUUUCCACACACAUUAAGGCAAAAGCUAAUGAAGAGAAGCAGUGGGGUAAAACAGGAAUCCAAUCAAAUCUUGUUUAAUAUAGUUAGAAGUUAAGUCAUUUAGCUGUAUGCAAGCACUUGUUCUGAACUAUUGUAUUUGAGCAGGCCAUUGUCUUCUUUCUGAACACAAUACAUAUCAGAAAAGACUAGCAGGGUUGCAACAAAAUGUUUCUGUUCAGUUCCAGCCAAGCUUCCAUGCCCUUUCCUGGAUGCUGCAUUUUAUUCCGUCCUCACUCCAAGGGUUUUCUGUUUCUUCCUCUUCAUAACCUAUAACACUGUUAUCAUUUGGUCCACACUGAGCAUAUUUAACCCUUCUAGGUAAACAUGUAGAAUUGUGAGACUUGGCUGUAUAGUUGACCUCAGUGACUUUGGUCCAAGGCUGUGGAACUUGAUCUAAAAACUAGAAAUGUGUACCUGCCAAUCAAAUGAGGUAUGCCGUAUGAAUUUUUUAUAUAUUUUUUUCAUAGAAUUCACCUUUCCACAAGGGACUGCUGCCCUUUUCAUUUCAUUGGAGGCAGUUGAUCCAUUUGUGCAUAUGGGUUGGCUCCUUCAGUUGAAAUGAAUGGAAAUUGCACAUGCUAGUAAAUCAGUGUGUGUACUCAAUCUCAGGAAUAUAAGAUAUUUGUCUUUUUUUUAAAAUAAUGACUUUGUAGCAUGUGUUGUGGAUCUUGUUAAGUCAUUCAGUGUGGUAAUGUUGGACUCUACUUGUUGAAACCUACCAGAUGGCCUUUUACCCAUUCAUGCAUGUUUUUUUAUUGUUUUUAUCAAGCAUUUUGUAAAGCAGACACCACUUUCUUUUCCUCUCUCAUUAUUUCUGGACAUUAUAUCUGUGUUUGAUAUUUACAACUAAAGCAUAGAUCAGUGAGAUGAGAAUAUGUAUCAUGAUGGAUUUUAAACUUUUGGACAAAGUAAUUUUGUAUUUAAAGAAUAGGUUUAAAAAGAGGAUUGUGUUGAAUGAUAUCAUUCAUUCUACUUAUUUUAAAUUUUCCUUUUUGUAAAUCCACAGUUUCUGCUUUAGUUAGUUUUAUAUGUAUAUUGGAAUUCUAUGUAGGAAGUGAAGUCAUAUUCCUAUCACCCAAGGAAGUAUAGAUAAUCUACAGUUUCCAUCCUAUCUGGAAUAGGUGUGUGAUCUGCUUGUUUUCAAGAGGUGAAGUGGAUUUCUCAAUCUUUAGCUUUGAGACAUAGUUCUUUAAUUAGACUUGUUUUUGCACUGAUUUUGUAUUGAGGAGGGGAUGCAUUGUGCUAGUUUUUUUAAAUGGGAUUUCAAAUAAAAAAAACUAAAUAUA